AUGUCGCGUCGACAUCAUCAACAACACAUCCGACAGCCUGCCGUGGCUCCUGCGCCGGCUUCUGCUCCGGCGCUUGAGAGAUCACGAGCAGUAGAGGAACUUCAUCCCGUGCUACUUGAUCUCAUACUUCGAAUGAACAUCGUGCCACCGGGAGAAAUAGGCUCCCUCUCAGAAGCGGCACUGGCGAAUGCAGUGACGCUGGCCAUAUCGAUGUUACCUGAGGAUGAGCAGACACGCAUAGUCUCGCGCAUCAUGACUGACGAUGAGAUCGCGGAAGAACGACUCAACCAUCCACGGCUACAGAACCUGCAGUCCCGCGUGGCCUUGUCUCAAAACGAACGACGGCUUUUGCUGCGGGCAUCACCCGAACCAGAUGACGACGGCGCAAACGAGGACGAGGCCGGCGCCAACGGAUGCAUCAUCUGUUUUGAUAGGAACGCUGUGGCCGUCCCAUGCGGCUGUCGCUACUGUGCCAGCUGCCUGCGAGAACUGGUGCGCGUCGGCCUCCGCUCCGAGGCAGACUUUCCCCCGCGCUGCUGCCGACCCUUUGAUGAGGCCACAGUCCGCCUCGCUGGACGUCCCGCGCUGGUUCAUUUGUUCCGCCAGCUGUCGGCGGAGUAUGCCGUUCCGCCAGCUCAGCGGCUGUACUGCCACAAUCCCGGCUGCGCGUCAUUUAUCCCAGCGUCGGCCAUUCAGGCGGCGGCCAGGGACGAGGCCAAUGCCACGGCCGUGGGAACGUGUCCGUCAUGUAGCAGCGCGACAUGCCGAGAGUGCGGCGGAAGAGCGCACAGAGGCUUGCCUUGCAGAGCGGAGGGCGACGAUGAGGCGAUGUGGGAUAUGAUGGACGCCAAUGGGCUUGUGGGCUGCCCUCAGUGCGGCAUCGUGAUAACCUUGAUGGAUGGUUGCAACCAUAUGACAUGCGUGUGCGGCGCCGAGUUUUGCUUUCUCUGCGGCGAAGAUUGGGAGUUCGAUUGCCGCUGCCCCUUGUAUAACGCACGAGAGCUCCGCGUCCCCAUCCGUCGACGACCCGGCCGGUUGCCC